AUGCCCUCUACCAAUGCUUCGGAGGGUGCUCCGCUCGCCGACUACUUCUGGAUUGCAGGUGUCGAUGGCGGUGAGAUUUUGGACACUUUUCGACGGCUAGGGGAAGAAUAUCGCAUCAAUUCGUCCGCGUCCCCCGGACCCGCGGUGAACGAUGUCAUUCAAGAAGACGCAGAUGCGGAGGAGGAACACUCGGCAGAUGGUUCAUCUCGACCAAAUUCAACGCUCUAUGUCGGGCCGGGCAACCGGCGGAGCUCCAAUCAACGCCUGUCCACCCUCUCGCGCAGUGAUUUCGAUCGCCCGAAUGGAACGAACAGCAAUCGCAGUAGUGUGACAGUCAAGGGAUCCUCAUCUCCGUUGCGAACCUCCGCCAUGUUCUCCGAAGACUUUGACUUUGAUCAAGCUCUGCUCAAAUUCACCUCGGAGCGAGAUACCUUCUUGACCGAUCUGAGUUUGAGCGCCGGGGCCAUUACACCAAACACGCGCCCACGAUCCCGUGUGCGCACGCAAAAAAUCGUCGCGGACGAUGCUCCUCCACAGGCCGGCAAUCUAUUGCGAUCAAGUAUCGGAAGCGUUCGUCGGCACAUGUCAUUUCGGGAUCUGAACAGCAUGAAACGGCAACCGUCAACUAUCUCACGACAGGCUUCCGUACGCACCUCUCGACGACUGAGCAAUUACAAUUCCGUCAUUCCUGUGCCCCAGCCGCUCGAAAUUUCCCCGACGAUGCAUCCUUUGAAGCGGCGAUUCGAACCGGUGCUUUUGGAUCGAUAUCCCACACGAGGCAUGACCGACGAGCUCAAGCAGCGCGGCAAUUUCCCUGAUUAUGUCCCCAUGUUUGCCUUUCCGAACGAUGUCAAUAUUGUUGCCUCGGAUCAACGUCCGCGCUCGACCUGGCACGGAUUUGCAAUGACGACGGAAAACGGAUCCAAAUUGCACGCGAUUUGUGUCAUCAUAUGGAUACCGCUGAACGCAAAAGCGGCAGAUGAGCUCGAAAAGCGCUGCGAGGAGUGGCGCAAGGAGAACAUGACGGACGAGGAACGAGAACUGGCAGCCAGUCUCGGUGAACGACUUGCAUCUGAGCGGGCCAAAUUGUCCCGGUUGCUGGCGCAGCUCCCGAAUGUGGUGUCGGGGUCUGAGUCGCGAGAGAAGCUGGAGGACGAGAUCAGCGCGGUCGAGGAAAAAAUUGGACUCAUGACCGAUCUACUGCGGCCCGUGCGACACGCCGCCUCGUCAAAGAUCGAGGGUCUCACCGAUGGCGAUACCGGAUUCUGGAUUCCGCGCGCUUACGGUAUCUUGGGCCGCGAGGCGAAUAUGACCAGCUUUUGGAAGGAAUGGCUGAAGGCCAUUGUGGUGCCAAUGACCGAGGGUGCUGUGCAGCGAGUGCCCUCCAAUUCGACCCGCAUGGGAGUGUGGCAGCCGCUCGAACGGUAUGUCAUGAAUCUAUGCACAGAAGCAUUCUGUCCCGUCUCGUCCAAGACCCAGGUCGAGCUGGCCAUCCGAGAGUUGCGCCUGUUCGCUCGACAAGAGGCUGCGAACGAGCUUCCAGGGUCUCGCAAUACCGACCUGUACGCCCUGUUUCGAACUCUGUCGAUCGCGAACAUCAUCAUUCUUUUCGAGUACGCCCUGACGGAGUCUCGCAUCAUCUUCCUGUCGUCACAUACGUCAAUGCUCUACCUUGCCACGAGAGCCCUCGUCGAUCUGCUUUUCCCACUCCAGUGGACGGGUGUUCUGAUUCCCGUUCUACCCGCUCGCCUUGUUCAAGCCAUCGAGGCUCCCUGUCCCUACAUUGUUGGAAUUGAGCGCCGGUAUGAGAAGGUUGAAUUGCCCACCGACGACUUUGUGCUAGUGGACCUUGACAACGACCUGAUCGAGAGCACUCUUCAGCCAACGCCUUUACCCCGGCAUCAGCGUCGAAAGCUUCUCUCGCUGCUGCAGAUGGCUGCUCCCCAUCACGGUCGCUGCGGAGUGCCUACGGGCCCUCCCGCAUACGCCAUUGAAACUUACCCUUGGGACACAUUCUUGUCAGAAAACACUGCCGCUUAUACCGCAAAGGCGCUGCCAACCAAUUUGGCAAAGUACGUCGGCCUAAAUUCUGGGACGUUCGGCUCCGCUGCGGUCUCCCCUGGCACAUAUCAGCCCCCCAUCUUCAACGCUUUCCUCCAUGCCCGUAACGAACAGUCUUUCUCACGGGGCUUUUCAGCUAAAAGCUUCGAUCGGCCCGGGACUGGCUCCACUGCGCGUGCGAGUGCGUCGCCGCCGUCCCCGCGCGAGCAUUCACCCACUUCGGGCUACUUUCCUCCAUCUUCGUCAUCGUCUCGACAAGACUCUGGGAUGGCGCUGCAGGCGUCUCUGCGAGAGAAACGCUCAGGACAUUUCGAUGCUGCCUCGCGGAGGAGCUCUUCCUUUGGAAUGGCGCGUCGUCCCAGUGCACCCUUCCUGGGCCAUGCAUCGAACCUGUCCGUCAGUACAAUGAACGCAGAGCCGAGUCCGGCUCCCGGUCCGGGCCCUGGCUCCACAUACGCCCCGUCCGUAUACGCUCAAUCCACCAUUGCUGCGUCGACAAUUGUUCCGCAGGCUGCUGUGCAGUCGGUGGAUCACACCGCGGGUACUGCCUGGAUUGAGGGUCACUUCUUCCAGAUUCAGUCGUGGGAUGAGAAGAUGGUCUGCGCCAUCUGUGAUGAUCGCGCAGAGGAGGGGAUGUUCCGUUGCGCCCAAUGCAAACUCGUUAUUCACAACCGGUGCGCCUCCCAAGUCUGCCUAGUUUGCGAGGCUGCGUUCCACCCAGACCAGAUCCGGGCAGCCUUUGUGAGGUGUUUUGCCAGCUUGUUCUACACGUACAAGAAAUACCUUAUUCCGGCUACUGGUGAAAAAAAGAAACAAGGAAUGUUUUACACCUUUGAUAUCGAUGCGUUUAUGAAGAGUCUUCCCACCGAGCAUGCCGAGUACAUCGCUGUGCUGCAACAGACACAAGGUUUCAAUGAGUUCAUCAGCGAGCGUGAAAGAACCAGCCCCAAGGCCAAGGAUUCGCGCAUGGCACUUUUCGAUGAGAUCGUGUUAUCGAAGCGUAAUCGAGGGCGAUCCUCGAUCUUUUCCGGUCGAUCCACCACGGACUUUUUGUCGGACACCUCUCAUCACCUUUGGCGUACAGCCAGCGCUUCAUUCUUCGCCCCAAGUAGCCGCAGCCAGUCGAGUCUGUCUGGCGAUUACAGCCGAGUUGCACAACGAGCGCCGGCCAAACUGGACACGUCUCUUAUGAAAGAACCCCGCAUGAUACAUGGGGCUCCGCGGGUUUCGACGGCAGCAAAUACUGCGCGCCGAAAGCCAUUGCCAAACCUCAUGAACGGAUUGGCCAUAUCCCCUCCAAGCUGA